AUGGCGACAACGUUAGGUGAUUCCCGUCACGACGACACCGUGAUCAACACGCAAACCAUCUCGACCUCCCGCGAAGCCUCGUCAGUCACCGCAGCGCUGCUCCCGCAGCACCCGCCGGACCCUCCGCACGCGGAGGCUGUAGACGAAGAAGAGCGGCGACCCCCCGGCGCUGACAGCAAGGAACGCGCCGCGGAGUGUUCAGUGAGCAUCCCGGCGACUCGAUGCCCCCCAGCCGCCGCGAACAGCGCCGCUGCUGCCGGCGUGCGUCGCGACGAGGUCGAUCCCGCCUCCUGCUAUCCGCAGCGCGACUCGGCAUGGGCCGCGGCCCUCGCGGCGUGCAUCGCGCUGCUGAUUAUCCACGAGCUUAUCUCGCCGCUCUUCGCGCUCCAAUGGCCUGGCGCUGUUGCUUCUGCUGAUGGUGUUGGUGCUACAUCGACUGAAUCUGACAAGGCUGGGAAGCAGCAUGGGAGGUGGCAGAGGAUAGUGCACGUGGCCAAGCACGACAGUGCGUUCAUGUGUGAGUCGAUCGGCACUGCCAGUGCCAUCAGCUGUGCUGGCACCGCAACGCUCCUCCUUGCUGCACUCGCCAGCAUGUCAGUGUACAGUUCUCUAGGUGCAGGCAUGGCUGCUGCACUGGCCUCGGGUCUGGUUGCCUGGACUGCGGCUCUUGCCUUGUGCUUCCUCUACUGGUGCGUGCCAUGGGUGCAUGCUGAUGGUGCGUGCCAUGGGUGCAUGUAG